GUUCACUCAUCGCGUUCUCUUAACUCGAAGAUAUUGUCUAUUUAUUGUGAAUGCUAGUUAGUAACAUAAUGAAGCUGCGAUUAAGAAUUAUGUUCUUAAUCCUAGAGUUGGUUUUCUGUUUUUUAACGGAGGGCAAUGGUAAUGAUGACGAAAAUGAAAAAGAAACUGAAAAAAGGAUCCAACAUGAACGGUUAUCCGAAAAGGUUUUACGCAAGCCGACUGUCUCCGAAAUAACCAGCGCGAUAUCGGAUUUAGAAAUUGAUCAAAAGAUACAAGAGGGCAAUGGUAAUGAUGGCGAAAAUGAAAAAGAAGCUGAAAAUAGGAUCCAACAUGAACGGUUAUCCGAAAAGGUUUUACGCAAGCCGACUGUCUCCGAAAUAACCAGCGCGAUAUCGGAUUCAGAAAUUUAUCAAAAGAUACAAGUGGAACGUUUGCAACAAUUCAUGUACAUUGCACCAUACUGGGUUACCUUUAUUGAAACAUUGAACGCAUACAAGACACUAAGUUCCAGACCAAUUGAAUUUAGCACCGAUGACAUAACGACACUGACCUCAAAGCAUGACGACGACGAAUUUCUGAACAAAAGAAUUCUGACUCAAAUUAAACUUUACCGUAAAUUACAAGAGAUACAUUGCACGAACUGCGUAUUCCUUAAGGCCGCUUUAGCCCAAGGAGAAGAUGAUUUAGAAGAUAUUGUUGAUUACGUCUAUUUAAUGAUAGACAUGUCUUACAGAGGUAGAUUUAUAGUGAGUGGUUGGCUAUGGAAAUUGCAUAUACAACUUUUAGAACUACAACGAAACGAGUUGGACACAUUUAAAUUGCCAAACGAUUGCUUUCCAGAGAUUAAAGAAAGCCUGCGGAAAAUUUUAACGGAGUGUCUUAAAAAUAAUUACAUAAUGAUCGAUGAUUAUCUACCGUCGGAUAUGUCUUUGAAAAUGGACGACCGAAAAUAUCGAAAUUUCUUCUUUGAUAAUUAUACGUUAAGAUUGGAGAUUUAUGUCGGAAAUUUGUUGUUGGACGGCUUGUGGAGGUUUGAGGAUAAAUUUUCUAACAACAUAACUGGCCUUUCAUUUGGUUGGCCAAAUAUAUAUCCUGUCAUUAAAAAGGUAGUUGACAAUCUCGUGCAUCAAUAUGAAAGUAGGGAAUGGCCAAAACAACCGUUUAAACACAUUGAGUUACACGAAGUUCUUUUGGACGUCAUAAAAGCCAGAUGGUAUAGUCAUAUUUGGAUCAUCAUAUUCGUUUAUCAAAAAAUAGGAAUUCAAGCUCAAAGCCGUUAUAAUAGGUUAAUAGAGAUAAUAAACGAACAAGUUUGUACUUUCCUGACUGAUGACCCUUUUUUUAACGACGUACUAAAUUUACUGAGUGAAUUAUAUACACCCGAAGACGAAAAGCUAGAUACAAUUAUAGAAAAACUAGAGGUCGAAGUAAACCGCAUUCUCGGUAGUGUCACUGAACCAAAUUCGGAUUAUGGAGCGCCUACAAUAGAUUUAGCAUUGAUUAGAAAAAAAACUAGAAAUUAUGAGGAUCACGAAUUUCUUGGUGAUCUUGUAUAUAGAUUUAUAAUCUUCAGUUUAGACACUAGCCGUUAUUUGUCUGGUACAAGUUUAAGUAUUCUACUAUUCUUUAUAAGAGGUAACCAAUUCGACGACUUUGUUUUCCCAAAUGAAUGAUAGAGAUACUUUAAAUAUCAUAUGUAAAAAAUAUAUUUUUUUUUUUAUAUUUCAUUACCAC